AUGGCGUCUAUGGGGUUCAGCUAUGCGCACAUCCACGUGCAGCGAGAACGGUGCAAGCUGGAGGCUGGAGAGAGAGACGACAAGAUGGCCAAGGCGGCCAUGGGUGCAUCAGCAGGAGAGGGAGAGGGGAAGAACGCUAACGCCAAGGAAAAGGGGAGCAAGAGGUCACCCAUGGGCGAGGGCGACACUGGUGGCGGCUCCUGGGCGAACCUGAUGAGGUUGCACCCCUGUGCCCAGGAGAGGGAGGCUGCAGACGCAAGCUUCUAA